CCUUCAACGUUAGAUUCCACCGACAACAUCCGACAUUAGCCACCGGAGAGCUGCCGUCCGGUAACCGGUUGACUGACUACCGAAGACACCGAAAGAGACAUUUUGAUUUAUUUUAGUACUUUAUCCGGGACAUUUUUGACUGUUUAACGAACAGCGGACAGUUUUGCGACUAACGGUCUGACAAACAUGUCAGAGAACAUCAGCCUUUCCGAGCUCCUUAACGUGUCCAUCAGGGACCCCCGGGGAGGAACCGUCAACUUCUCCGCCCUUCACACGCUGCUGCUGGCCAUGCUAAAGCAUCUGGACCUGCGGGAGGUGAAUAUCCCUUGGAUGAACCCUCCUCCUCCCGGGGGCAGUCCUCUGGGAGUCUCCGCUCCGGCACCGGAGCAGCAGCGGGACCCGGAGGAGCAGCAACGCCGGCCCGAGAAGCUCAUUGCUGUGUCCGAGCAGGAAGUUCCGCCCGACACAGAACUCCAGGAGCGGACAGAGUCUCCUCCAGCUCCGACCCCCGCCGGCUCCUGCUCCUCUCAGCCCGCUCAGUGGAGCCUCAAGACCCGCAUCCAGAAGUGUGAGGACGGCGUGAGCCAGGUGAUGAAAACCAUCGAGGAGCUUCAUGAUGAGAAAAAUAACCUGAAGGAUGAAAUCAAGGAGCUGAGACAUCAACAGCAGGUGCUUGGUGUCCAGAGUGAAACAGCCGCUGCGGUGGAUCGCUGCUGCCACCGACUGGAUGCUCUGGAGGAAGCUGUGAGGUCUCUGAGGGCCUCGAUUCAGAAGAGUCCAGAAGAUCUGAGUCGGUUUGUGACCUGGGAUGCCAUUGAGUUGGGACUCUUGACUGACAGACAGAACCUGGACCAGGAGCUUGCAAUUCCAGGAGUUACUGAUGGAUCCAUGGUGGUCCAACCUGCAGAAGAUCCUUACAGAACCACCAUCAUUGCUCCUCCUCAGUCCAGUUCUUCCUCCUCCAUUACCCGACCGACAGAACCAACCACAGAACCAGCAACCAUUCCUGAACAGACUUUAACCCAGCAGGCAGAUCCACAGAGUAGAGGUUCUGGUGGUUCUGCUGCUGCUGGUUCUUCUGUUUCUGCUGCUGGUGGUUCUGCUGAUAGUUCUGCUGCUGCCGGCCAGCUGGAGGCCUCGGCACUGGAGAAAGGAAAAGUGGACCAGAGUCAGCUGACUUGCCUGAUAGAGAGACUCACCAAUACAGGUUCUCCAGAGGCAUUAACUCACCUGAUGCAGCAGGUGAACCAGCAGAGAGCUUUGAUCGACAGCCUGCUGAGCGACAGGGAGAAGCUGGAAGAACUGGAGGACAUGAUCCUGAACCUAAAGAGGCCAGACACAGAACCCAGCUCAGAACCAGACAGUGUGGACUCAGAUAGACGAUAUCAGGAGCUCAGCCAGCAGGUGUCCUUCCUCAGGAGGUCUGUGCAGAAGCUGGAGGUGGAUUUGAAGCAGCUGAUGGUGAAACAGGUUCAGACUGAAGAGAAACCAGCAGAUCAACAUCUACAAGAUCAGAAUGUGCAGCUGCUCAACGACGUCCAGAAGUCGAUUCUGCAGCUUCAGGCCGAUUGUGAAAAACUGCAAGAAAUAACCGGAAGUUUAUGGGAAGACAGCCGACAGAAGCAGAACCACAUCGAGAAGCUGUUCAGGAUGACAGAGCAGCUGGAGGUGAAGAAAGCCGACAAGCAGAUGGUGGAGACGGAAAUAAAAGCAGAUAAAUGUGUUCUGGACACUAAAGUGAGUCGGCUGCAGCUGGACCUGGUCAGAGAACAACUGACCUCCAUGUUCCACGAACUACUCAACAAGGUGACGGAUCAGGAACAAGACUGGAGCAAAGUGAUGGAGAGACUCUCUACCGAGAUGGAGCGUAAGCUGAACAGAAUCGAGUUGGACUCGGUGAAGAAGCAGCUUGAGGAUCAGUGGAAGAACAUUCAGGAGAAGCUUCAGGCUCAGGAGGCUCCAGAACAUGAAGACGCCGCCGGAAUCAGGAAGCAGCUCGUGGACAGAUUCCACUGCCUCUCCUGCGACCGGCCCAUAGUCAAACACUUUCCUGGACCUCAUCUGGUGACGCUGCCAUCAUCUCCAGCUUUUCCAUCCCACAAGUCCAUGAGGCCGUUUACUGUCUACGCUAUGGAGCAGGUCCGGCAGCAGUAUAGGAGCGAUCGUAUCUCGGAGCUGACUGACUUGGGUCACCUGGUCGUGUCCCGGAGCUGUGGGGGGAGUCACACCAACACCUGGACCAAUCAGAGACGAGGAAACCUGCAGCACCUGAAGCACCACGGACCAAUCGAGGGAGAAGCUGUGAUCCAGUCUGAAGAGGUGGACAUCGUGGGACAGGACGGUCACAUCUAUAAAGGUCGACAAAACGUCUCCACCUCCAGGAAUACAGAAACUAAACUACCUACAAUCUCCACCAAAGACGCUUCGACGAAGACCAAAGACAAAACCAGGAACUCUCCGUGUCACAAACCUGCUGCGUCUCCGGAGAGCCACCAACCUCAGUUCAGUGCCAGAACCAAUCAGGGCAGCCGCUCAGCCUCCAGCCUGUCGGGCCGUGAUUGGCCGGUUUCAGCUCUCGGUUGUGUGUCUCAGAGCAGCAGUGAACCGGUCGGCCUGUAGGCGGCACUAAAGAGUCAGAGGUAACGGGACAGACAGCUGCACUACACCUCCCACGAUGCACCUGUACACACUGACUUCAGCAUAUCUGACUUAUUUUAACAUUUAAUAAAUAUGAGUGGAAAUAGA